CUAAAUUAGCAAAACACCUUUGUUUUCUCAUGAAAUUACACCAUUUGCCACUGAACUACACCGGUAAACCAACAAGUCCGGCGACAGUGACGGCAUUUGGAUUUUCAAUUUCCCUCCCCCAAAAAAUAUUUAGCAGUUUCGUCUUUCGUGAAUUUCCCAAUGUUGCACGAGCUUCUUCUAGCUCUCUUAGGCUUCACCGGCGAUCUCAUCGUCGACGAGCGUGAGCAACGGAAAACCCUAGGCCUCGCUUUCAACUCCGAUUCACCUCUUUCUGAUGAAUGUACAUUCAAACUCGCUCCUGACAUCUCCUUCAUCGAACCCAGCGAAAGGGACUUGAUCGAAAGGUUGAUCAAGUUAGGGUUCUACUAUCGAGAACUCGACCGGUUUGCGAAGAAGUCUCGCAAUUUGAGCUGGAUUAGGUCUGUGACCAGUGUGCAUCCGUUGGAACGGGCUGAUGAAUUGUCGAAGCAGAGUAGAGAGAAGAAGCCUAGCGUGUACCGUAGAGCCAUUGCUAAUGGAAUUGGGGAGAUUCUUUCGGUCUAUAGAUCUGCGGUUCUUCACAUUGAACAGAAGCUAUUGGCGGAGACUACGCCUAUUCUGGCUACGGUUACAGAGGGGCUCAAUAAGUUUUUCGUUCUUUUCCCGCCCCUGUAUGAGGUAAUUCUUGAGAUUGAGCGUGAUGAUAUUCGUGGAGGGCAGCUUCUUAAUGUAUUGAAUAAAAGAUGUCAUUGUGGUGUGCCUGAAUUGAGGACUUGUCUCCAAAGGCUUCUUUGGAAUGGACAUCAGGUCAUGUAUAAUCAGCUUGCAGCUUGGAUGGUCUAUGGCAUUCUUCAGGAUCCUCAUGGAGAAUUUUUCAUCAAGAGGCAGGACGAUGGUGAUUUAGAUCAUCGCUCAUCUCAGGAAGAAGUAUCUGAAAAGUUGGCUCGUACCUCAGUUCAUGAGACAUCUUUAACUGAUUGGCACUCUGGAUUUCACAUUUCUUUGGAUAUGUUACCUGAUUAUAUUCCUAUGCGCCUUGGUGAAUCAAUUCUUUUUGCGGGGAAAGCCAUAAGGGUUUUGCGAAAUCCCAGUCCUGCUUUCCAGUUCCAGAAGGACAAGAGUUUUCAGCAAACAAUGCGUGGCUCCCAGAGAAUUCGAGGAUUUAUGCAUAGUGAUUUCCCUGAAACAGAAACUGAGUUAGAUGCAGAUCUUACAGGGGGAGAGUUGCUUCCACAAUCUGAGGCAGAUAAGAUUGAAGCUAUGCUCAAAGAUUUAAAGGAAUCAUCUGAGUUUCACAAGAGAUCAUUUGAGUGCACUGUUGAUUCUGUUCGAGCAAUAGCAGCCAGUCAUCUUUGGCAGCUUGUCGUUGUGCGUGCUGAUCUCAAUGGUCAUCUUAAAGCUCUGAAAGAUUAUUUCCUCUUAGAAAAAGGAGAUUUCUUUCAGUGCUUUCUGGAGGAGAGUCGUCAGUUGAUGCGUUUGCCACCUCGCCAGUCAACUGGAGAAUCUGAUCUUAUGGUACCGUUUCAGUUGGCUGCAACAAAAACCAUUGCGGAGGAAGAUAAGUAUUUCUCUAGGGUAUCCCUACGGAUGCCUUCAUUUGGAGUCACAGUCAGAUCUUCUCAAGCUGACAUGGUGAGAUCUAAAGUAUCUCUCACCGGGAAGGCAAAUCUUACAUCAGACACCUCUGUGGAUGGCUGGGACGCUAUUGCUCUGGAGUAUUCUGUUGAUUGGCCCAUGCAACUGUUUUUCACUCAAGAAGUGCUUUCUAAGUAUCUCAAGGUGUUCCAAUAUUUGAUACGGCUAAAGAGAACUCAGAUGGAAUUGGAGAAAUCAUGGGCUUCUGUAAUGCAUCAAGAUCAUAUAGAAUCUGCUCAACAUCGAAAAGAUGGUUUAAACGGAUCAACAUCUCAACAAAGACGACAAGGAAUACGACCCAUGUGGCGUGUUAGAGAGCACAUGGCGUUUUUGAUAAGGAAUCUUCAGUUUUACAUUCAGGUUGACGUGAUAGAAUCUCAAUGGAAGGUGUUGCAAACUCACAUCCACGAUUCUCAAGAUUUCACUGAACUCGUUGGCUUCCAUCAAGAGUACCUCUCCGCUCUUAUCUCUCAAUCUUUCCUCGACAUUGGUUCCGUCUCAAGGAUACUUGAUAGCAUCAUGAAACUAUGUCUCCAGUUCUGCUGGAACAUUGAGAAUCAAGAAAGCAACCCAAACACUUCAGAACUUGAAAACAUAGCUGAGGUGCGUUAUCUUUUCACUGUAAUACUCAUACAAAGGUAACAAUGGUCUCUCAUAAUUUUUUAUCUUGCGGUUUAAGGAAUUCAACAAGAAGUCAAAUUCCUUGUACACCAUACUGAGAAGCAGCAAACUCGCCGGGAGCCAGCGAGCCCCGUUCUUGAGACGUUUUCUUUUACGUCUAAACUUCAAUUCCUUUUACGAGGCAACUGCAAGGGGCGUGUUAAACGUUGUCCGACAACGCCCAGCGCUUCCAUUGUAAAAUGCCAGACAGUCCUGGUGGAAGAAUCUCGUUCCGAAGCUUUUUCAGACAUGAGCUGAUCCGAAGGUUUAAUGCAACAACUAUGACACGAGAAGAUAGCAUUUGUCUGAUCCUCAAACCAGGAUGACAUGACGCCACCAAUGGAAUAUACAUAAAUAUAUGUGGACAGAGUUCGUGCUCACACGCCUUUCCUUUGUAAGAAUCUGUGUACUGUGCUCCGGCUUUCACAAGAAUCUGUUUAGUGCUGUGUUUAAUUCGUGCUUUAUAGAUGUAAUACUCUGUAAAUUAUGUAGAUGUGGUUUCUUUAAUCAUUUUUAACAAUAUGAUAAGCUUGAUGACGUGAUUUGCAAAAAUUUCUAUAAUCAAGAGUCUUCAGUUAGUGAUUUAUGAACAG